AAUGCAAAGGGAUGAUAUACAUCUGAAUAAGUGUCGACAUAGCUUUUGAUAUAUAAAAUGAGCCAUUCUAAGAAAGUUUCAGCAUUUUCAGUCUUUAAAGGAAAAAGGGACAGAGAGAGUGUGUCAAGCCUGGACAGCAGAGCCAGCAUGCGUAAAGCAUCAAGUUCCCAGUCUAUCAGAGAAGAUGUUAAAAAGGCUUUGGAUGGAAAAGGGAAGAAGCUUAUGAAAGCAUUAAAAGGGGGAAGUCUGAGAUCCAGCCUGAGAAGUACCCCCAAAGCAAGACCCACAAUUUUACCUGAAACAGAGAAGGCAGAACCUGUAAGCCUGAAGAGUGUCAGAUCCACCUCAGACUUAGAAGAACAAAACUCAGCACAAGUAGAUAGAGGGAAGCCAUUGUCCACACCAGUUAUACCUAAACAGAUCUCUGCUGUUCGCCCAACUAGGAACCAAAACAUUCCUCCCUCUGGUAAACAUACACCAAACCCCCCUCCUUCUGACAAAGAAUCUCCUGGAAAGCAGUCAGACAGAUCUUCCAUUGAAACUGCCACGCCUUUGGCAGAGGCUGGCAACAAACCGAAAUCAAUCCUGAAGCCCACAAAAACCAAGAAGACACCCAGUCCACGGGUGUCAGACAGCGAGAGGAGACAAUCAGGAAAGAACAAAAGACUGGAGAAUGAUGAGGACAGUAAACCAGCUAAAAAGAAAAGGAGGGACAACUCUGAAGUUCAGACACAGGACUGUAGUACUGAGGAAAUGGAACAUGCCCUGUCAUUUGAGGAGGAGUCAGUGUCUAGUUCCCAGCUGCCCUACAUGUUUAACAGUGGAGAAGAAGCCAGAAAAAUCUUUGAAUGCCUCAUUCACCCUGUAAAACCAGACAAAUUCUUCAAAGAGUUAUGGGAGAGGAAGCCUUUGUUGGUACAGAGACACAUGAUUCAGUACAAUGAUGGCUGGUUCAGCACGUCAGAGUUAGACAGGAUCCUUCGAGAGGAAAACAUACAGUUUACAACCAAUUUAGACGUGACAACAUUUACUAAUGGACAAAGAGAAACUCAUAACCCAGUGGGCAGGGCCUAUCCUUCUACUGUUUGGGAUUUCUAUCAGACUGGUUGUUCUGUAAGACUUUUAAAUCCACAGACCUACUCCAGGAAUGUUUGGAAACUUCUCUCUGUGCUUCAGGAGUACUUUAAUUGUUGUGUUGGAGCCAAUAUAUACUUAACUCCACCUGGCACACAAGGGUUUGCUCCACAUUAUGAUGAUAUCGAGGCUUUCAUUCUGCAGUUGGAGGGCAGGAAGCAUUGGAGAUUAUACAGCCCUAGGACAGACAAUGAAGUUCUCCCACGGUUUUCCAGUGGGAAUUUUACAGAAAAAGAUCUAGGGAAGCCAAUUUUGGACACAGUACUGGAUCCGGGGGAUCUGUUGUAUUUUCCCAGAGGGACAAUCCAUCAGGGUAACUGUAUGGAGGAUACACAUUCGCUACACAUAACAGUGUCCUGUUAUCAGAAGAAUACUUGGGGGGAUCUGUUUGAAAAGUUGGUUCCCAGAGCUCUUCAGAUUGCUAUUGAUGAAGAUGUGGAGUUCAGAAGAGGACUUCCUAGAGAGUAUUCAUCAUACAUGGGAAUAGCUCACUCUGAUAUGGAGAGUUCCCCCAGAAACUUGUUCCUUAAGAAGGUUGAGCAGCUGAUGAUUCGUAUGGUGCAGCAUUUACCUGUAGACUCAGCCUGUGAUCAAAUGGCAAAGUCAUUUAUACACGACAGCCUGCCUCCUGUUCUCUCUGAUGCUGAGAAAGCAUUUAGUGUUCAUGGUAGUGGAGAGCAUUGGGACAAGGAGAAGAUGUGUGUGGCGGGUACAGCGGAGAUUGAACCAGAUACCACCGUCAAAAUUAUCCGCAAAGGCAUCUUAAGGCUUUUAACAGAAGAAGAUGAGGUGCGCAUCUACCACUCCCUAGAGAACACAAGACUGUACCACGAAGUGGAGCCCACUUUUAUACAGAUCUCUGCAGAAGCCGCUCCAGCAGUAGAAUAUUUGAUUCAUUCAUACCCGAAGUAUGUCCCAGUGGAUAGCUUGCCAUUACCUACCCUGGAUCAAAGAAUUGACGUAGCCAGCAUGAUGUACGAGAAAGGUUUGCUGAUUACAGGAGAGCCACUUCUUGCAACAGAUGAAGACUCCAGCUAAAUACAGUACAUCUCAAGGAAUCAACGUAUUGUACUCCAGCAGGAUUUCCUUUAUGCCAACUUUAAAGGUUUCAGAAGCUGUGUAAUAUUACUUUAUUUAUAUAUGUCCCAGUCUCACUUUGCAGAUGCUUAAAAAAUGUUCACUUGCAAAUAUGAGAAAUUUGUAGAUAAUUUUUUUUUCUAAUUAUGUUUGUAAAAACAGGUGCAUAAUAGUAUAUUAUGGUUUUAUGAUUGUGGAUUUAAAAUAUUUUUUAGUCUGGAAAUUGCAAUACUGUGUAUGUCAUAUAUGCUUUUUAAAAAAUUUCUGACAGUUUUUAAUCAACAUUUCAAUAAACAUUCAUAUCUCGGUCAUUUAAGGAGACAUGAUUUAAUAAAGUGAUUAAGAUAAUUGUAGAAAAAUUCAAAACUGGCCUAUCUUAUUAAAAAAAUGAAUGAUUUGUUUGUGAAAAUGAUAUGUACAAUGGUAAGAGCACUUCAAUGUAGUAGGAUGGAUUUAAAUAUUAGAAUGAGGCCAUUUUUGUGCUUUGUAGGUCAUGACAGUCAUGGAUAUUAAACCAAUGAUUGCUGACCAGAUCCCAUUUUGAAACUGUUUUCAUUAAUGGUUUCUUAUUGGGUAUUUAUGUUGCUCCAAAGGCUUGCUUAUGUGGUUUUACAUACAUUAAAAUUAUUCCAAUAAUCAGAAUUAACAAUUCAGUGAAACUUUAAAAAAUUGAAACAAAAUAAUUAAAAAUUUGUUGUGGACAACAUAAAGUAUUCCAAUCUAUCCUCAGAUGCUUGAAGUUAUAUUGAGUGUAGAAGUUUUCAUUAAAUUUACUUCAUUUGGAGCAAUCUUUCCAUACUGUAUAAUUUUUAGACUGAUCCAAUAAGUGUGUUGUGAGUUGAUCAGACUCUGUCCAGAUUAUUCUGUACUAUACGAUAGCAUGUACCAAUACAUUAGGGGGAAAAAUCUGUAAAUUUAUGGCAUCACACUUUAUGCAUUCUAUGUUCAGGCUGCAGAAUUAUUUUUUCAAAUAAACAUUUUUUUUCUCAGACAUGAUCCUGUAUACAUCAAUACAUGCAUUUGUACCAUAGUUAUAUUUAUUUCUACACAGAGCAGAUAGCUCAAUAUUGUGCUUUUCAUUUUUCUUUUUCACAAUACAAUGGAUGCAGUGAAUAAUCAAUUUAGAAAAAGAAGCCCUUUUCAAAAUUUUCUAAGUGAAAAUCAAGACUUUGUUUAUUGAAAAGUGAAAAUAAAAUUUCAUGUGUAUUAUUUAAUAUUGGUCAUGGAUCUUAUUCUUUUUCAAAUGACUUAUGUCAGUAUGCUU